AGUGGAUGAAGGAAGUGGAGAUCUCCACCCUCCAGCCUCCCCCUGACACUUCUCAUAAAUAUUACCAAGGCUUAUUUCAGGAACUCGCAGCACAAAGUCACAUCGUGUCCUGGUUUUAACAAGCUUUCACCUGUCAGAGCAUCUGAAGACAUUUUUGAUUUGACUGUUUUCACACACCGGGGUUGGCACCGUCGGAUGCGCUCCAGAUCCAGGCUGCGUUUUCCCUAACUCCAACUUUUCUACGCCGGAGCUGGAGGGCUGCUGUCGCCGUUCACCGGCCGCUGCAGUCCGGUUCUCUCUCCGUAACACGGACCCUGCACAUCGGAGGCGAAGACUGUCCGGUACAAUGUACAAUCCCGUGUCUUAAUUUGGGGCUUGUAGAUAGGAGAUCUGCUCUGUCAAGUUGGGCAACUCGGGGCGCUGACUUGCCGAUCUCACCGCCGCUGGUGAACACUUAAAGGAAAGUGCUGCGAGUUUGUCUUUGUCAGCAAGAAGAAGAAGAGAAAGAGGACAUUUUUCAUUCUCAGCUUUAUUUAAAAGUCGAGUGUCCAUGAUGAGCAAACCCGCCGGCUCAACAAGUGGCUGUCUGGAUAUUCUCAACGUCAAAUCAAGUCGGAUUCUGGACAUCCCGUGCAAAGUAUGCGGCGACCGCAGCUCUGGGAAACACUAUGGUGUGUACGCCUGUGACGGCUGCUCGGGAUUCUUCAAGAGGAGCAUCCGCAGAAACAGGACAUACGUCUGUAAAUCUGGCUCUCAGGGUGGCUGUCCCGUAGACAAGACUCACAGAAACCAGUGCCGAGCGUGCCGUUUGAAAAAGUGUCUGGAAGUGAACAUGAAUAAAGACGCCGUCCAACACGAGAGGGGGCCCCGGACGUCCACCAUCCGCAAACAGGUCGCCCUAUAUUUCCGGGGCCACAAAGAGGUGAACGGGUCAUCGACCCAUUUCCCGGGAUCCUCGCUGCCCGGCCCUCCCUUCUUCACCACGGUCACGCAACUGGAGCCUCACAACCUGGAGAUGAGCGCAGUGUCCACCACACCGGAGAGGCAGGCCAUCGUGGGUCUGGCACAGCCCACCCCGAAGUAUCCCCAUGAAGUCAGCGGCACCCCCAUGUACCUCUACGAGGUGGCGACGGAGUCUGUGUGCGAGUCGGCGGCGCGCCUCCUUUUCAUGAGCAUCAAGUGGGCGAAGAGUGUUCCCGCAUUCUCCACCCUCCCUUUAUCUGACCAGCUGAUUCUGUUGGAGGACGCGUGGAGGGAAUUAUUUGUUCUGGGCAUCGCGCAGUGGGCCAUUCCUGUGGACUCCACGACUCUUCUUGCUGUUUCUGGAAUGAACACUGAAAACACAGAGUCUCAGCGGAUGAAUAAGAUCAUGUCUGAGAUUCAAGCACUUCAAGAGGUGGUGACCAGAUUCAGGCAGAUGCGUCUCGACGCAACAGAGUUCGCCUGUUUGAAAUGUAUCGUGACAUUUAAAGCCGUUCCGACGCAUGGCAACACUGAGUUAAGAAGUUUCCGCAACGCCAGCGCCAUCGCUGCACUACAGGACGAGGCACAGCUCACUCUCAACAGUUACAUACACACCAGGUACCCGACUCAGCCGUGUCGCUUCGGGAAGCUGCUCCUGCUCCUGCCUGCGCUGCGCUCCGUGGGCCCGUCCACCAUAGAGGAGGUGUUCUUCAAGAAGACCAUCGGCAACGUGCCCAUCACCAGGCUCCUCUCCGACAUGUACAAGUCCAGCGAUAUAUGAAUUCCCCCCCCCAUCUGGAAGAGACUUGAGCUGAAAGGCCCAGAGACCCACCCAGCAGUCGACAGAAUGUCAAAUCAUAGCAGGUGUAACCGUGGGUUGAAUUUUCGCUGAGCACAAAAAUCUCUUAGGCUGUCUUAAAAUAGCCUGUUUAGGCCUCUAGGCUCCUUUGAAACAAAGACUGCAACACAGCCGGAACUCACCGAGUAGCCUGUUAACAGUCGCUCUAGUUAAGGAUUAGCCUGUAACUUUCAUUCUAGAUUUACCUGUGAUACUGAAAACCCUGCAGUCUCUGGUGUGGGCACAGGAAACCCACAGUGUUUAAAUACCGCCUACAGACUCUGGAGAGCACGUGCCAAGUAUGUCUGACAAAGAAAUGUUAUAUAUUCACAAGUUUUUUGAGUGUCUGUGAGACCAAUGAGCUUGACGACCAAUUCAGUCUUUUACUGCUGUGAUCAAUCCCAAUGGAGGAAACCAAAAGAAAAAACAUGACGCAUGCGUAAUGGGGGAUGUGAAUCGCUGUCCCUCGAUCCGGUGCUGAAACCAAACGCACGGGGCAAAGAGAGAAGAAGAGGUGCCAACUCAAUGAAGGAAAAGACUUUUAAAGGACAUGCUUGCGUUGCCUCCUGACUGUACAUUCAUCUGAAGAUGGUGUUUGUAUUUAAGUGGUUACUGUCCUGUUUGUGUUGGUGUGUCCUGUUUGAGGCUGUUCUGGGUCGACUUUUGUGAAGUUAGGCACUAACACUGGAUAAAAUGAUAUUCAGCACUUGGAAAAAUGUUUUUGUGGCCUGUGAUGUUUUUAUUCUAUUGUACAUAUUUGGAGUUAUGACUAUUUAGAGUUGUGACCGAGAGAAUAAAAGACACUGAAUUAAAAUGCUUUCGAAAACUACCAGAUGCUCUUCCAAGAUCUCAGUUAAGUUAAAAAAAAAAGUUUUAUAAUAAGGGCACAAAACACAUGCAUAAGUGCAUAAAACCUAAAUUGACAGCUUGGGCCAUUGUUUGCUUAAAUCACUUAAAUCAACAGGCCCAUAUCUGGGACAGGCGUCUAUAAGGGACAGGCCUUUAAUUCCUUUUACAUAAAGCUGUUUCUCAGCAAAAAUAGAAACGAUCAAAUUGUUUAUUUAAACCAGUAUGAAUAUUACUUGUAUAAAAAUUAGGCUUCAGAUAAUGUAUCAGUUAUGAAUCAUUCAUUUGAUCAAGCUCCAGCAGACAACGCAUCAGGAUUACAGCACCCAGCAUACCGACACAACACCACUUUAUCCUGUUAAAACAAAACUCACAACUUGGAUUAAUUUUGAGGAAAACACCCUCUUGGUUAUUUUAAUCUGAGGACCCUUACAGACUAAAUGAAUAUGAAUAACUUAUAGGGUAAUAGAGGAAUGGACAUAUAAUUUGAGGUGGCCAGCAACCUGCUUUUAUACACCCGAAGAACUUCAUAAAAAAUGAACGGCUUGGCAAUCAGACCAGGCCUCUAAUUGAGACAGGCUUUUAUUUGUCAAAAUGUGUAGCUACACCAGGCUAGUAAAAGUGACUGGGUGUUUUAUUGGGACUAGGCUUUUAAUUGAAGUUUUACAGUAAUGACUAACUAAUGUAAGACUGAUUUGUAAGCGCUUUAUAAAUCAACAAUUCAUUGAUUGCUCAUUUAUCAUUAGUUGAUACAUUAAUUUAUAUAAAACCAAAUUAGCUGGAAUGCAGUUAAUCUAAAAAAGGACAUUUUAGAUUGAUGCAUUUGAUCAGCCGCUCUGUUCUCACUGAAAUAUGAAGCAGUUUUCUAUCAAACUGGUUGUCAGAUGCAAACAUUUACACGUUGCUGCUUCAUGACCCAACAGUCAGCUUUGAGCGUAAAUGAGACACAUUGUCAACCACAUUUCUUACAAGUUACCUGGCUGGCAUGUGUCCCAUUAAGCAAAAUCAUAUUAUCAUACUAAUUUGCAAAUGAAUAUUAAUGUACAUUCACUUUAAAUAUGAGUAUGAAGAGGAACUGAACAAGUACUAUAUGCUUAUCAGAUCGGAAAUGACAUUUUCUGCGUUAACUGAAUUCCAGCUAAUUUGGCUGCAUAUCAUCAUAUAUCAUAAUCUCAUAAAGUCUGACUUAAUAAUCACGAUACAUCCUGCAUUACAUGAUCAAGAGUCAUAGAUUUGUUAAGGAUUACUCAAGCAUGUGUUUUGCACCCUUAUGACAAAGUGUUUUUCCUUUAGAAGUAGCCUAAUCUAUUCUUAAUGAGAACUCGGGAAUAUCCUCCUGAGACCCUGUGUCCUCAUAUGAGGACAUCACAUUUGGGUUUACUUGACCUUAUACUUCUUACUUAAUUUAGACCUGCUGUACUCGUUUGUGGACACUUUUUUGUGCAAUCUAGUUGUACUAAGAGCACAAUACACUAAUCUAUGUAAAACAAGAUGGCAGCCAUCUUCGCCAAGUUAGUCUGCAGCUGAUCCUGACACAAAAGCGGACAAGGUCAAAAAUCUGAUCACAUUUCAUGGUUCAAACUUGUUUAUUAUACUGUUGUCCCAGUUGAGGACAUUGGGACUUAAUUAGCGUUGACAAUGUUUAUUUUUUAUAAUUAUCGGGUCCUACCGAUCCCAAAUAGCUAGGAGAAAUUAAAAAUGCAUGCCAAGCAGAAGUACGGAUCUCAGGAGGAUAUUUUAAAGGUCCAGUGUGUAGAAUUUAGUGGCAUCUAGUGGUGAGGUUGUAGAACUGCGACUUCUCUCAAGGGUCAAGUGUGUAGAAGAACUUCGAUAGCUGACGCAAAAAUGCAAAAACAUAAAAAAAUGGAAAUGGCCCUGUCUAGAGCCAGUGUUUGGUUUGUCUUGUUCUGGGCUACUGUAGAACAACAUGGCGGACUCUGUGGGAGAGGAACCGCUCAAUAUGUAGAUACAGACAGCUCAUUCUAAUGCUCAGUUUAGACCAAAGAGUCGCAACAAGACGAAACAACGUUGCAGAGAAAAGUUGCAGCGGUGUGAACUGGAUUCUCAAUUAGACUCAAGCCAGCUGAUGGUGUCACCUGACACUCAGCUCUUCAAGUCGCCAGCUGCUGGUUUUAUGACGAAAGGCACGUCAACUGUUCUUGCAGCCAAUCGGCUUGUAGCAGAGUCCACUGGGCAAGUGCAGAAGGCGUGUUCGAUCGCCCUCCGUUCCUGCUGAGUCUAAGUCCGUCUCAUUUACAUCCUUGCAGCCAAAGUACAGAGAGUUGUUGCUAUGGAGAUGAUACACUGUAUCAUGUGGUCGCAUUGGUAUGAACUGGCAGAUUUUCAGAACAUUGCAAACCUGCUCUUUGUUGAUGUUGCGAAUCUUUGGUCUGAACUGGGCUUAGGAUAACAAAAAUACAAUUCUUGUUUUCAGGUGAUUAUAAACUAAUGAAAACACUGGUAUGAAUAUUAUAAAUCCUUUCUGAAAACAGACGCCCCUAAAUCCUACACACUGUACCUUUAAUGAACUCUUUUUAAAUCAGCCAUAGGCCUAAACUUCUUUGUAAUGAAGAUGGUGGAUGACUUACUUAUCGCAGCAGCUUGCAGUAGUGGAGUGUUAGACAGGUCAACAGUCCAAAUCAACAGAUGUAUUUAUGCGUGGAGACAUUUCACCUAUUUUAUUGGAAAAUCUUCAAAAUAAACAAAAAUGGCACAGCAGUAUACAAAUCUCAAAAUGCAUAUAGCCAGUAGAAAUACUGCAGUUCCCUCUGUGUAAAUUACUUCUGUCUUACUAGAAAAUCAUCGUGAUAACUGGGCAGGUGCUGGUCGAUACACACACGUGCUUCCUUUUGAAGAGAGGAUCAACUAAGUGUGAUUUGAAAGUUGAGGCCCAUCAAAUAUAUAUGUGUGUGUAUGUGUGUGUGUGUUUAGUUGCUAGGUAUCGUGCGCAACAUGCCAGUACUGGAUAUAUAGUAUAUAAUGGGAAACGCUGUGGGUCUUUACAAGAGCUUUGCAUACAUAGAACGCUCAUUCAAUGUUGCUAUAUAAAUGAAUAUAUUCAAGACAUAGCUAAAUGAUAAAUACAUAAUAUAUCCAUGUUAGUGGCAUUUCCAGACAUAAAGAGAAA